GCACCAUGAAACCCACUCUACGGAAAGUGACAGACACACACAAACGAACUCCAGCAAGAAACCCUGAAAGCGACGAAUUCACGCAAACGAACUCUAGAAUAAAUACCAAAAGAGGCACUACUGAAAGCAACAAACUCACAGAAGAAAAUCAAAGUUACUCACCGCAAGUUACAAAUUCGCACGGCGAAACGGCACCAAAAUCGACACCGAGAGCGCCAAAAUUGACACCAAGGCGAUAA